ACACAAAGAAGAAACCAGGCUUUAAAAAUCAGUGUUAUCCAUUCAUAAGAAGAAGUGCUAGUGCUUCUUAUUUUGAGUAAAGAACACAAGGAGGAGAAGGAAAUCAAGAGAGGGGAAAAGGGCAAUGGAUAUGCAGGAAAAGAUGGGAUCAGAGCCAAAUGGUGAGGAGGAUUUGAUUCUCCCCGGAUUUCGGUUCCACCCCACGGACGAAGAACUCGUCGGGUUUUAUCUCCGGCGGAAGAUCGACAAGAAGCCGAUAUCGAUCGAGGUCAUCAAGGAAAUCGACGUGUACAAAUACGAUCCAUGGGAUCUUCCAAGAUUGAGCACGGUGGGAGAUAGAGAGUGGUACUUCUUUUGUGUGAGGGGGAGGAAGUACAGGAACAGUAUAAGGCCCAAUAGAGUGACGGGCUCGGGCUUUUGGAAGGCAACGGGCAUAGAUAGGCCGAUUUAUUCAACAUCUAGCGGAGGGCCCGGGCAUGAAUGCAUAAUAGGGCUGAAGAAGUCGCUUGUGUAUUAUAGAGGGAGUGCAGGGAAGGGGACGAAGACUGAUUGGAUGAUGCACGAGUUUCGCCUACCAUCCUCAACUGCCUCUUUGCCCAAGCCCGCUCUACUUUCUUCUUCAUCCAACAAGAACUUCAAUGAACCAGAAACAUGGACCAUAUGCCGGAUUUUCAAGCGAAUCGUAUCGCAACGAAAAUACGUGCCGGAAUGGAAGCAAGCUACAUCGAAGGAAACAGUUACCACCGAUUCUAGCAGCAGUUUAGAGUCGGAAACCAUCAAUCAAUAUAGCGGUUUUGGGGUAUCACAUUUCGACCAUUUUGAGCAGAAGCCCCUUAUAAAUCAAUAUGAAGAAAAGACCAUAGUUUUUCCUGGCCAGAUAUCCGAUCAAUCACCAGUUUCAAACAUGUAUCAGGGUUUUCAGUCAGGAUUUUCAGGCAACCUCCUUGGCGAGUUUCCAUGGGAUGACGCAUGUUUAGUUGUAAAUAAUUUUGGCAUGGAGGCCAAUGGAUUCUUGUAAAUAUUGACUAUAAUAUAUGCAUCUGUAUGUGUUUUUGUACUGAGAAUAAUAACUAAUAAGAUGUGGGGAGGAGUGAUGAUACAAUGCCAGUUUUGUAGGAUGUGGACUGAUUUUUAAUAGAUUUAAUUUUGUAUUAUUUUUAAGUUAUGUGGGAUGUUGGC